UCUUGCUUCUGGAGCCUUCUAAUUGGAGAGGAGACAGGGAGAAAAUCAUCAAAGCCAAUAAAGGAACUCAUGGCAAUGCGCACUGUUCGAAUUCGUGACAUUGAACCAUGCCAAACCAACAUCCAAAUCAGAGUCAGUGUAUGCAGGCGUUGGGAAUCAAAAAAAUACAAACCUGUGGAAAAAAAUGAAGGCCUCCAAUUUAUAUUGGUGGAUGAAAUGAAUGAUGCAAUCCACGGAUUCAUAAGACAAGGGAAUUGCGAACUACUGGCAUCCAACAUUGUCCAAGGAAAUAUAUAUGAAAUCAGCCGCUUCUUUACAAGCUACAGCCAGCCAGGCUACAAAAUAGUACCACACCCUGCACAGAUCCAUAUCACUGGCAAGACCAUUAUUAAGCACAUUCCAGAAUUACCAGCCUCUAUUCCACUACAUCGCUUCUACUUGAUCGACUACAGUCUUCUUGCUAGCCGUUCAAAGAAGGAAAUCCUCUCAGACAUUUUCGGCAGAAUCAAAAUUAUUCAACCUCCUGAAGAGACUGACAUCUGACAACCGACUCACGUUGCGAUGUGAUAUCUACAUGCAGAAUAUACG